CCGCCGCGCUCCCUCAGGACACCGCCUCGGCGGGGCCCCGCGCAGCUCCUUCACCGCAGCCCAGGCGCGGAUCCAGGAGCCCCGCGCCGGGGCCGGCGGGGCCGGGCCGGGCUCAGCUCUCCUCCACCGCCGCCACCCCCGUCCCGCUCACCGUGUGCCCGCGCCGCCGCCGCCCGCCACCCGGGCAGCGAGCCUGCGGCCGCCUCUGGGCGCAGGGGUCUGCCGCGACGCCUGAUGGCCGCAAGGCGCGAAAGCCGCGUCGCGCCCGGCCUGUUGCACUAGCGGGGCCGCGGCAGCAGCCGGCAGCUUCGUGAGGAGAGCUCUGACCUGCGGCGGCAAAGGCCGCCCACAGGCUGCCAAGUCAGCGCCGGCGCCAGUUAUGCGGCGGCCCCAGCGGCGCCUCGUACCUGCCGGCUGAAGGCCUCUCAGGCUGGCUGCCGCCGUUGCCGGGAGACGGCGUCCCGCCGCGGCCGAUGCCGGCGCAGCCCGGGCACCUAGGCUCCGGCAGGGGCGGCACCGGGGAGCCAAGAAGCGAGGCAGGCGACUAUCGCUUUAAACUGAGCGAUGCCGGGGCGAGAGGGCAGUGCUUCCUGCCGGCCUCGCCGCGCUGUUCCGGCGCCGAACCAGGGCGGUGGGAGGGCCGCAGCGCCCCGGUGCCCGCCCCCGCCUCGCUGAGUGACGUGGACGAGCGGCAGCCGCCGCAGGGCCUUCAGGACGACGAGACAGACGGUGACGGCUGCGACGAGCCACUGGACGAGGGCUGUGAGGCGCCGCCAUGCGCAACAUCUUCUGCUCCAUCCCCACGGAGAUGAUGAUGUGGUCAAGACUGGACGGCAGGUGUUACGUGUAUUAAGAGCUCUAAUUCCUUUACACUUGAAACCCAGACACUGUAAGGAAAAUAACUUCUGUCUAGGCUAAAAGCUGAAUGAAAAAGCUGAGAACCUGUGGUCAGGCUCACCUCUGAAAUCAGAGUUUAACUGGCAUGUUUGAGGUUAUCUGACAAAAAACCCCGUCUCUU